AAACAAAAUCAUAACUUGUUUUUAAAUACCAUUUCAGACUAAACAAUGGCAGCAACGGCAAUACGUGUGUUCGGGAACCCAAUCACUCAUGGAACUUGUGCCCAAAGGGCCCUAGCUGCUAAGAACUACCUGAACGCGGAUGGAAAGCUCGACCAGGUGUUGUUGCUGUCAAACCAGUCGAUAAAAGUAGCGGCAGGAAAGACAAACGCAGUGGCUGCGGGCACCACGAUUUGCAAGGUUUGCAACGCCACCGGUAGUACUAUCAGGUACGUCACUGCAUACGAUUGGAGCGGAAAAGUUGCAGGGCAUUACCCAGUGACUAUCCAGAACGGCCAGUGGGCUGUAUUUGAGCAUGUUGGCACUAGUGGUCCAAACCAAGGAUCAAUUGGUGCUCUUGUGUACAACAUCGACGAUUUCUGUGACUCCAUGAUCUCUUGGAACAACCCUUGCAAAACAACCCGAGGAGGAAACAAUACUGCAUACUGUGAGAUGAACGAUCCUGGAUACUUUGAUCGUUGUGACUGGCAUGAAAUCUAUGCAAAGUUGAUCGCCUCUGGUAGUGUAAGCAAAACAAGUAUGGUAGAUUAUGAAACCAGAGUGACUAUUGAUGCAGGAGGCAAUUCGCCUAGUUACAAAGCCAUUUUCUAUGUUCACGGUUAGACAACGGUACAACACCACCCACAUACAUAAUAAAAACCAGACUGUUCUGCUAUGGCUUUGUGCAAAACUAGGGCUAGCAAUAAACAAACUUAGUAGUCUGGGUUUGGCUUAAUGUUAACAUAAAUAAAACGUUGUCUUGGGUCGGUUUGUAGAUGACUGAAAGUAUGUUAACUUAUAAUGUAAGGAUGUAUUUGUGCUUGUAAUACUAAUAAGCCAA